UCUUCUAGUUUUCACAAAACUUCAUCUUCCGUCCUACAAAUACUUCUCCAAACCAAUCAAUCAGUCAGUCAGUCAGUCAGUCCCUGACCAAUUUCCAGAUAGAAGAGAGGAUUUGUGAGUAAAGGUAAAAAAAUGAGGAUGAGCUGCAAUGGCUGCCGAGUCCUGAGAAAGCGCUGCAGCGAAUCCUGCAUGCUGAGGCCAUGCUUGGAAUGGAUUAAGAGUGAAGAAUCUCAGGCAAACGCAACUGUUUUUCUCGCCAAAUUCUAUGGCCGAACGGGCCUAAUAAAUCUCAUUAGUAAUGGUCCUCAACAUUCAAGGCCUGCGUUGUUCAAGUCUCUCCUGUAUGAAGCCUGUGGGAGGCUGUCGAAUCCCAUCUACGGGGCAGUGGGCCUCCUUUGCUCUGGCAAUUGGGAAGUAUGUCAUGCAGGAGUGGAGAGUAUUCUUGAUGGAUCGUACGAGGCUAACAUGGCAAAUCAAUCAAAUAUUAUAGGGCAGCCCAGCGAAUUGCACAAGAUCAAUGGCAGGGGGAAGUUUAAGUGUGUUAAUUAUCGCAAGAAGCCCAAAUCAAAAGAACUAGAACUUCUUAAAAGUAUUCAAAUCUCAAGUGAGGAGAAUGAUAGAACAAAAAUGCACCAAGAUAAAUGCUCCUUCCAGAACGAUUUUCUUUGUAAUCCCAUCAUCAACCCUAAUGUUGAUGGUUUGUAUGUGCAGAAUGGUGAGGGUGAGAUGGAUAUAGAGCUCACUCUCGGGGCCUCUUCUCCUCCCGUUCACAAAUUGGCAGACUGAAUGGAUGUAUGUCUUUGUUCUUUUGUUCUUCAUAGCUGUACAGGUUUUGUACUAAAUGGAACUGAAGAUGAAGAUGGAUCAGACUUCACCUGUGUUAGGGCGAACUGAAUCUAGGAAGGUGUUGAAGCAGAAAUAAGGGUUAGACUCCAUGGACUUGUAGUGAGCUUUGAGAGUCGUGUGAUAGUACAAGUACUCAAUUUUCAAUAAGAUUACACUCUUUUUUGAGUGUCAAGAAUUUCAAAGUAUGUAUAUCGAUGUCAUAUGUUAUGAGGUUUAUUGAGGUUUUGUAUGGAGAAGCUACUUGUAAGAAUCAAAUGGGUGGGUUGAAUAAACUAAAAUAACUACUGGUUGUUGUAUAUACAAGAAUGUUUCAAUGUAUAAAUGUUAUAAAAUAAUUUUAAAUA